CUCAAUACUUUCUAGACUCUGGGAGCGAGUGCAACACGUCACGGCCAAGAAAAACUACUGCCGAUUCCAGGCUAUUUUUUUUAAUUAUUAAGAUCGCAGUUUUUAAGAAUCGACGCACAAAAUGAGCGGAGCGGAGGAGUAUUUCGAAGAGGAGGAGGAGCAGGAGAUUUUUGACGAUGGCACGGAGUACACCGAACCGGGUGUCCAGAAGGUAGAAAAACCCUCUAAGGACGAAAAGAAUGUGGCCAAGUGGUUAAAGCAGAAUGUGAAGACGAAGAAGACCAAGUUCCUGAAUCACAUUGUUGAGUACUUUACCUCCAGCAGGGCUAUUGAUGCUCUGCUGAAAUCCAAAUUCGCCGAGGGCAAUAGCCCGCUAUUCACCACCAGGGAACAGGUGAUCGAGUUUUUGGACGUGAUGCUGGAACACAAGUUCUUCCAUCGCGCCAAGAAGGUGCCGGUCACGUUGGAGGAGAUCAGGGGAAGGUCCGGUGGCGACAAGAAAGGCGACAAGGAAAAGAACCAAGACAAAGAGAAGGACAAGGCCAAGGCUGAAAAGAAGGAUUCCGAACCGGAAGCUGAAAAUGGACAAGGCGACGGAGGAGCUUCUGGUAACGAAAAGGAAAAGGAGAAAAAGGAAAAGAAGAAGCGCAAGAUCCGACUAGACAUGCACCCCGAGCAGAUCUUUGUGGACGGAUCCGAGGCAUACGUUUGGAUUUACGAUCCCAUUCCGCUUCACUACUGGAUAUUCGGCUUCAUCCUGCUCCUGGGUGCCGUAGGAAUCUGCCUGUUCCCCCUUUGGCCACCAAUGCUACGCAAGGGUGUCUACUACCUGUCCGUUGCUGCGGCUGGCUUCCUUGUCUUCAUUCUAGCUCUAACCCUUUUGCGUCUUAUUGUAUUUGUCAUUGUGUGGGGAUUGAGUGGCGGCAAGUUGCACUUCUGGAUCUUUCCCAAUCUGACCGAGGACGUGGGCUUCUUCGCCUCCUUCUGGCCGCUAUAUGAGAGCAACUUUACCAGUGACGCAAAUAAAACAAAGACCGACAAGAAAUCAAAAUCAAAGGACAAGAAAAAGGAUAAGGACAGUGAUGCAGAGGACACUGCUGUAGACGCGGAUGGAGAUGCUGAUGGUGACGGUGAUGUAGAUGCAGAGGUCUCAACACUUGAGCCAGAAAAAAUCGAGCUCAUCAAAGAACAUGACACUGAUAGAGAGAUCCGUAAACGACGCAAAGUUGGAGCCGAUGAGUAUGAGGAGGACGAUGUGGAGGAAGAGGAGCCGCAGGUGCAACCCAAGGAUUCCAAAGCAGGAACGCCACGCAACUCGGGAUCCGAUUCGGAGAGCUCGAGUAAAGAUUAUGAGAUAAUCAGUUCAAGUGAAGUGCAAAACGUUGCUGGCAACUAAGAUGAAGAAACCACAAUAUAUAUUAAUAUUUAAUGAUCCACAUCUAGCUAAUUGAUAAGACAUAGAACAAGAAUCACACAUCAAGUACAUCAGCACAUACACGAUUCCAAGUACAGCGAACUAUUGUCCCCUCCCAAAAAAAAAAAACUACGAUCGAAGUCGUAAUUUUCUAUCGAUAAUUUCCUAAUCCAUUUAAAUUUCACUUCACUUUGAAGUUUUCCAUGGAUUAUAUAUUUGGAAGUAGGCGUGCAUACACGAAACUAAACAUUUCCUAAUUGCAAUAUUAUGUUGAACCAGAGAAUUUUGGUUUUUUAAACUGCAGUUGGCCUUUGUUUUGCCGCAUAAGUUCUCAAGCCGUUAACAAACUAAAUAUUACUUAUUUGUAUUCCUAUGUUUGUAAAUGUAUACAGUAGAGCACUGGGCGAGUGCAAGAAACGAUUGCAAUUGAUAAUAAUCAUAGCGAGUACGUAGAUGUGAGCGCAUACGUCUUAAUGUGCAUAAAUAUUUACUCAACAUGUAAUUAAAGUGAACUAACAACUUAAAGAAAUUAGUAGUGUAACACGCAAUUAACUAUUAUAUAAAUAAAGCUAGGCAAUUCUGAUCUGAUGUGAGAGAUAUUUGAGCGUUUUUUUAGUUCUUGCUCGAACGUUUUAUUAAAAAAUAUACAAUAUA